UCUGUAAGGUAGCCUUGAUGCAUUCGUUGUCCUUGUGUGGAGCUAACUGCAUGCGGAAAUGUUCUCACAGACGUCUUAACAGUUAAUAUCUUCAUAGCUUAUCAGUAAAUGUAACUACACUAUUGGAAACUAUUUAAGACAGUUUACGAAUCAGAUAGGACCACCUGUCAAGUCGGCUUCUUACCUUCAGCCAAGCAGCGUUUAUGGAGGUGAAAGCUCAAGAUGAAAGUGAAGGCAGGCAGCUUGGAUGUGCACCCCACAGAGAAAGCCCUGGUGGUCCAGUAUGAAGUGGAAGCUGCUGUACUGGGAGAGACUGGAGACCACAUGCUGGGUGAACGCAAGGAGGGACAAAAAAUCAUCCGUGUGAAAAGUCUCUCUCCCAGUACAGAUGUGGUGGCAUUAGCCAGGAAGGUGGUGGAGGAGUGUAAACUCAUCCCUCCGUCUCGUCUCCCUGAGGUGGAGCAGCUGCUCUAUUACCUGCAGAACAGGAAACCCUCCCCAGCCCAGGGCAAAGUGGAGAGAAAGGAGAAAAGAGUAGUGAAGCCUCGAGAGCUAACGCCAUUCGAGGGAAUGGAGUUAAAUGCGGAGGCCAGUAUAACGGGAAUAGAUGACUAUGUGGAGCUGCUAUAUGAAGGCAUCCCAGAGAAGAUCAGGGGUUCAGCUCUCAUCCUGCAACUUGCCCGCAACCCUGACAACCUGGAGGAGCUGCUGCACAAUGAGACAGCUCUAGGUGCUCUUGCCAGGGUUUUGAGGGAGGACUGGAAGCAGAGUGUGGAGCUGGCUACCAUCAUCAUCUACAUCUUCUUCUGCUUCUCCAGUUUCUCCCAGUUUCAUGGAGUGGUGAGUCACUAUAAGAUUGGAGCGUUAUGUAUGAACGUGGUGGAGCAUGAGGUGAAGAGACAUGAUGUGUGGCGGGAGGAGCUGCACAAGAAGAGCAAGGCCUGUGAGUCAGAGCCAGAAAAUGGCUCACUGCGAAGAGACCAGGAAAAAGCCCUCAGGAAGUACCAUGACCUCCUGGCUAAACAGGAGCAGCUGCUGAGAGUGUCUCUGUACCUCUUGCUGAACCUGGCUGAGGACACUCGGACAGAGCUGAAGAUGAGGAAUAAGAACAUCGUGGGUUUGUUGGUCAAGGUCCUUGAACGGGAUGAUGAGGAGCUGCUGGUCCUGGUGGUGUCUUUCCUUAAAAAACUGUCUAUCUUCCUGGAGAACAAAAACGAUAUGGCAGAGGUGGAUACUGUAGAGCAAUUGGCUCGCCUGAUACCAUGUGACCAUGAAGACCUGUUGAACCUGACGCUGCGUCUGUUGCUCAACCUCUCCUUUGACUCUGGACUCAGAGCUAAGAUGGUGGAAGUUGGACUGUUACCCAAACUGACUGCCUUAUUCGGUGAUGAGAACAGCCGUCAUAUAGCCCUGUGCAUCUUGUAUCACAUCAGUGUCGAUGACCGCUUUAAAGCCAUAUUUGCCUACACUGACUGUAUACCUCAGCUGAUGCAGAUGCUGUAUGGGCAUGGUGAAGAGAAGAUAGAUGAUGAGCUCAUCUCCAUCUGCAUCAACCUGGCUGCCAACAAGAGGAAUGCUCAGCUCAUGUGUGAAGGUAAUGGAUUGAAGAUGUUAAUGAAAAGAGCUCUGAAGAUGAAGGAUUGUCUAAUGAUGAAGAUUAUCAGAAACAUCUCACAGCAUGAUGGACCCACCAAACCACUCUUCAUAGACUAUGUUGGUGACUUGGCAGCUCAGAUUAGUGCUGAGGAAGAGGAGGAGUUUGUUCUGGAGUGUCUGGGAACGCUGGCCAACCUGACCAUCCCUGAUUUGGACUGGGAAUUGGUGCUGAAAGAGUACAACUUGGUCCCAUUCCUCAAAGACAGGCUUAAACCAGGCUCGGCAGAAGAUGACCUUAUCCUGGAGGUGGUGAUAAUGAUCGGAACAGUUUCCAUGGAUGAUGCCUGUGCCAUCAUGUUGGCCAAAUCUGGCAUCAUUCCUGCCAUCAUAGAGCUGCUGAAUGCCCAACAGGAGGACGAUGAGUUUGUUUGUCAGAUCGUCUAUGUCUUCUACCAGAUGGUUUUCCAUCAGGCCACGCGAGACGUCAUCAUCAAAGACACCCAGGCUCCCGCCUAUUUGAUCGAUUUGAUGCAUGACAAAAACACUGAGAUCAGGAAGGUCUGCGACAACACACUGGAUAUUAUCGCUGAGUAUGAUGAGGAGUGGGGGAAGAAGAUUCAGUCUGAAAAAUUCCGUUUUCAUAACAACCAGUGGUUGGAGAUGGUGGAGAGUCGCCAAGCUGAUGAGGCUGAACAAUAUCUGUAUGACGACAACAGGACCGACCUGUUCUACAGCGCAGAUGGUAUCACUCCAGCAGACGGUUCAGUCAGCCCUGAUUUCUUCAGUGACCUACAGCCUCAAAACGGAGACUCACAUCAUGUCCGAGAUGGCAGUGAUCUGUUUGACCAGACCAGUUCAUCUCCUGGACGUCCAGCCACUGCCUACGGUUUCCGACCUGACGAACAGCCCUACCAUCAGUACACAUAGACAUAUACACACCCAUCCCUGGGUUGGUAUAAGUUUCAGGACAUGCCCCAGUCCCCAACCUAACACUACCUAAUACUAGCUAAUACACUACCUAAUAGCUAACACUGUAGGUCUACUGCUGUUGCUUAUGAUGUUGACAUCGCAUGACAUUGACAUAGUUUCUCAGAUAGUGGUCAUAAAUGACUAAUAUGUAAUACCUGUCUUCUGUCUGUAUCCUGAACAGGUAGAAAUUUUCCCUCUUAAGGGAUUUUACUUUUUUAGUAGUGCAACUUCAAGUGCAGUAUUUACAUCAGGAUAAAACUUAUCAUAGCAAGGAAAUAGCUGUUUUAGUGGAACAAAUCUGCAGUUGUCACCUUUUUAAAGUACAUGGUAACCUAUAAUAAUCCAAUAAUAAGAACAACAAUAAUAAUGACUUUAUUUGUAUAGCACCUUUCAAAACGAAUUAAAUACAAAUAACAACAGAUAAAACACAAAAUAAUAAAACGGAUAAAAAUUUGAAUAGUUCCAUCAGUGCAGUCAGUUAAGAAAAGGCCAUACGAUAAAAGUGAGUUUUAAGAAGAGAUGUAGGGCCAAUCCCAAUUCACCCCUUAACCCUACCACUUGCCCCUACCCCUCCGUUUUGCGCGUUCACGCAUAGGGGUAGGGAUUUCCCAAUUCUUGUUGAGGCGGAGGGGGAGGGUGGAGUGCUAGGGCUAAAUAGCCCUGCAAAUGGAGUUUUUUUCAGAGGCACACUCCAAAGCGAGUGCUACGAGAAAUCUCCCACACUUCUCACACAAUUAACACAAAAAUCAAUAAAGUCAGCGAUUGUUUGUUUGACAUUACACCACUACACCAGCUGGCUAGCAUGUUGUGUGGCUAACGUUGGGCUAACUACAACUAAGCUGAUUCACCGGCGCUCCCAGUCGUCGAAUUAAACAAUAAGC